UAUAAAAACUGAAUCCCUUAACUAAGACACCAGCUUCUGACUAAUGCACAGAGGAUAGAUGUAGAUGAAGGAGCUGCAGUCUUCAGCGAUGCUUAGAAAGAUCCAGAACUUAUUUAUCAGUUGAAACUUGCCGUGUUGGAUCGAGUCGGGAACGUUUUUAUUACCCUAGUAAUGGAAAAAGACCCAAACCAGAAAAUGGAAUAUAGGCUGGAGUUAAUGGUGCUUCUUGUUUUGCUGACAGCUGCUUCAUCCGUUGCCCUGAGCAGAGAAGAAUUUACAGAAGCGGUGGUGUAUUUAAGGAAGUAUGGCUAUCUCCACAUCCCACUGGACAGUAAAGGCCAAAACCAUCCACCUGAGGAGAUAGUGGAAGCCCUAAGAAUCUUUCAGAAAGUGACAAACCUGCAAAUAUCAGGAAAAUUGGAUUCAGCCACACUGGCAAUGAUGAACAAACCUCGGUGUGGUCUGGACGACUCUUUUAAUAACAAAUCUCUCAAAUAUCGAGUCUUGGGUUACUGGCGCAAGAAGAUGCUGACCUAUCGCAUCUAUAAUUACACCCCUGACUUGGGUCAGGGAAAGACCCGUUUGGCCAUCCAGAGUGCAUUUAAGUACUGGAGUGACGUGUCACCUUUAAGGUUCAAGGAGUUGCAGCGAGGAAACGCAGACAUCAAAAUCUCCUUUCACAGAAAAGACAAGACAUGUCCAGUGCCCUUUGAUGGGCGAGGUCAUGUUUUAGCCCACGCUGACGCCCCCGAGUCAGGCAUUGUGCAUUUUGACAACGAUGAAGUAUGGACAGAAGGGAAGACCUAUGGCUCCAACCUGAGGAUUGUUGCAGCCCAUGAGAUUGGCCACGCUCUCGGCCUGGGCCACUCACAGUACUACAGUGCACUGAUGGGACCUCUAUAUAACGGAUACCGCUCCGACUUCAAGCUACAUUCAGAUGACAUACGAGGGAUCCAGGCUUUAUAUGGAAAGCCAGAGAAAACUCCUCCAUCCAGAAAUCCAAGUCAGUUAGUGCCAGAAGGAGUUGUUCCAGAUCCUUGCAAGGCCACUCUGGAUGCAGUGAUGUUGGGUCCUUUGCAUAAGACAUAUGCUUUCAGUGGUCAGUACGUGUGGACGUUGUCCAGCUCUGGCUACAGCGCUCCCAUCCUGAUCUCUGCACUGUGGAAGGAGCUGCCAGGGAGCCUCAAUGCAGCUGUUCACUCUCAGCGGACCGGCAAGUCCUAUUUUCUGAAAGAAGACAAAGUAUGGAGAUACACCGGCUUCAAACUUGACCACGGCUUCCCCAAACGCUUGGUUAAUAUCCCUGCGAAUAUUGACUCAGCCUUGUACUUGAAUAAGAACAAAAAACUUAUCUUCUUCAAAGGCUCUGGAUACUGGCAGUGGGAUGAAAUUGGCCCGACAGACUUCAGUUCAUAUCCCAAAUCUAUUGGACAACUCUUCCACGGGUUACCCAGCAAUACUGAUGCUGCAUUAACAUGGACAAACGGUCAUAUAUACUUGUUUAAAGGCACCCAGUACUGGCGUGUAAACCAGCACCACCAAGCAGUGGAGAAGGCCUAUCCUCUGAGCACUGCCGCACACUGGAUGCAGUGUGACGACUGAGCCACCAGAGGCCACUGGGGAUUCAACACAAACCUUAACCUGCACAACAAUUCAGUAUAAUAACAGUGAGGGAUGCUUCUUUAUUUGGAACCUGACAAAAAAUGUUGUAUGAAUCCCUUGUGUGAGGAAUUAAAGUAUUUUUGGGACAAAAAGUCUGCAUGAAAUCAACAACAGAAUAAAUAUUUGCGUGAAGUGAUGUUUCUUUUUUGUGGCAUUCCGAUAUUAUUAUUUAAAAAGAAGCUACUAACAUACAUGCGAUGUAAGAAGACAAACUUUGUGGUGUGUGAUUCAGCAGGACAGGAUGUUGUUAUCUACUGAUAAGGCAUCUAUACCAUGUACUAUUCCUGAAAUACCUGCACAGUCUUCUAUCUACAGGCCUGUUUCUCAGCAGACAUUGUGAUUUGUCGUUGAAGGAAAAGCACAGGUGUUACUAAUAACAUUAACGAUGGCUCUGUUCUUUCCAAGUGCCUCAGUAAGCCAUGACGCACAAUACAAGGACUCUGAAACUGAAGCAGCUAAAUGGAAUUCAGCCAUCAUUAAUUUUAUUAUUAAACCUGUACUUUUCAAAAUAUCUUCCCUGAAAAAGGCCUGUUGCGACACUUGUGUUUUCACGUAUUUUGGGAAAUUGUCAUCUCGUGUACAGACUGUAUUUGAUUUACACCUGCCUCAUUCUCCAGUUUUGUUGCACCUGUUAGUAACAAAUCACAUCUUUGUCUUUCUUAGUAGAACUUAAAGCUUUCACAGCUGUCAAAUCUUAAAUAAACAUAAACUCCUGAGCUGACAAAACUUGAUAAAAUAUGUUAAUCUUUGCCUUGUUUUCAGAAUUUUACAUACUUAACAUAACUUGCUAUCAUACAAGGAGACUGAAUCAUUGCCAUUCAAAGAAGUGCCUUCAGUCAGUCAUUUUUCAUUCAUUCACUCCAGCAUUUCACUACUGGUGCAGUGAAUUACAGCAGUGAAGUCAUUAAUCAUCAAACAUGUGAAUAUUUGGAUACUAGCUGUCGUCUCUGCUGCCAUCUUGUUGUCUUGAUCAGUCUUUUGCUAUUCUUUUCCCUGCAUGUGUGGUUUUUUUACACUUAUUUAGUAUGGAUUGUAGAUAACCGCCAUGUGUUAUAUUGUGGGAAUACUUACUGGUGGAUGUGUACUGUACUAUUUUGUUUAUAUUUAUUAUGUUGUCGAUAUUAUUUGUAUAAGAUAUGUUUUUUUGUUCUAUUUUUAGGGUGCCUUUUUAACACCUGGCCAGGGGCAACAGAUGAAACUUGGCUAAUUUACAGUUCUUUUCAAAUAAACUAAUCUUAUCAAAUAAAUAAAUAAAUGAGUACAUGGA